GUUUCCUCUGCGAAGGUCUUUGCAGCAGUCUGCUGAAGCCGCUCUGGCGCAUGCGCACGAAAAAAGUGCUGGUAAUUGGUAUAGCUGCUGGAGAUGCUGCGGCCGGCGGGUCUCUGGCACUUUUGUCGGCGACCUCGGGCGGCGAGGGUCCCAGCGGCGAACCUGGGCUGUAGGGAGGUCACCUCUGGUGUCUCUCCCCGGGGCGGCACAUCGUCCAGAGCCCUGAAUAUCUUCGAUCGGGAUUUGAAAAGGAAACAGAAGAACUGGGCGGCCCAGCAGCCCGAGCCGAGGAAGUUUGACUACCUGAAGGAGGAGGUUGGAAGUCGAAUUGCGGACCGUGUAUAUGACAUACCCAGAGAUUUCCCCCUUGCUUUGGAUCUUGGUUGUGGAAGAGGUUACAUUGCACAAUAUUUGAAUAAGGAAACUAUUGGAAAGUUUUUCCAAGCCGACAUUGCAGAAAAUGCCUUGAAAAAUUCCUUAGAAACAGAAAUUCCUACUGUCAGCGUUUUAGUUGAUGAAGAAUUCCUUCCCUUCAGAGAAAAUACAUUUGACCUGGUGGUUAGCAGUUUAAGUUUGCACUGGGUGAAUGACCUUCCUAGAGCACUUCAGCAGAUUCAUUAUGUUUUAAAACCAGAUGGAGUAUUUAUUGGUGCCAUGUUUGGAGGCGACACACUCUAUGAACUUCGGUGUUCCUUACAGUUAGCAGAAACGGAAAGGGAAGGAGGAUUUUCUCCACACAUUUCUCCUUUCACUGCUGUCAAUGACCUGGGACAUCUGCUUGGGAGAGCUGGCUUUAAUACUCUGACUGUGGACACUGAUGAAAUUCAAGUUAACUAUCCUGGAAUGUUUGAAUUGAUGGAAGAUUUACAAGGUAUGGGUGAGAGUAACUGUUCUUGGAAUAGAAAAGCCCUGCUGCAUCGAAACACAAUGCUGGCAGCUGCAGCGGUAUACAGAGAAAUGUAUAGAAAUGAGGAUGGUUCAGUACCUGCCACAUAUCAGAUCUAUUACAUGAUAGGAUGGAAAUACCAUGAGUCACAGGCAAGACCAGCUAAAAGAGGUUCCGCAACUGUGUCAUUUGGUGAGCUAGGAAAAAUAAACAUACCAGAGGGGGAGAAAUCACAAUAAAUGUUUACUCAAUGUUAAUGUCGUCCAGAAUUUUCUUCAGAAAUGGAUAGCUUUCACAUUUAAAAUUACUAUAUUUUGAAGCAAGAAGCACUCUUAAGCUAUUUACUAAUAGACUUUCCAUAUAAUUAGGAAAACCUAAUAACACAUCUAUAGUA